CUCUAAAUUAGUACUAGUAAAAAAAUUCACUAUGGACGGAGGCAAGAACCAAGAAAUAUCAGAUAGGAAGGAUGACAUUUUGGAAGAGGCCGGUGGUCAACGAGUCCGGCCAAAAUAUCCCCACAUUUUCCCACCGUGAAAAUCGUGUCCUUUCUUUCUAGUUUAGUAGUGUAUAUACUUCUACAGUUCUACUAACACUAUUCUACUACGUAACAACCUUAAUUCCUUGUCUUGAUUAUUCGCUUACUUUGGCAACUUCAAUAGUUCAAUCCCCACAGCCCACUUUCAAAAUUGACCACUCAGCCGUCAGCACUCAGCUCAUUUGAUGGGCACCUAGAUCCCUGCAAUUAUCUAGCCAACCACAACUCAAUAAAGUAGUGAUCUUCAACAUCAAAUUCAAACCAUUUUCUACUUCGUUUUUAAUUUGCAGCUCAAACUCUAUAAGCAUUACAUCCCAGCUGAUCAUUUUUUGGGUUCCCUUCAAUUGUUCCAGUGAGUCACUCAAGAGGAUCAUCCAUGGCUGCUGAAACCAACUCCGAUCAAGGAAACAGCCCAUCUCUGUUUUCCCCUUUUAAGAUGGGAAAAUUUAAUCUUUCUCACAGAGUGGUAAUGGCUCCAAUGACGAGGUGCAGGGCGAUAAAUAGCAUUCCUCAGCCAGCCUUGGCAGAGUAUUACUCCCAAAGAGCUACCAAUGGUGGGUUUCUCAUCUGCGAGGGCACUAUGAUCUCCCCAACUGCUGCCGGGUAAUUCUUGAAUUUCCACUAUUUCCCAAAAUAUUUUAUACAACAAAAAUCUGUAAUCUAGAAAGGGUUGAUUUUUCUUACAUUUGAGAUGUGGGUCCAGAUUUCCCCAUGUCCCGGGAAUUUUUACCAAGGAACAAGUGGAGGCAUGGAAGCCCAUAGUUAAUGCAGUCCAUGCUAAGGGUGCUGUCUUCUUCUGUCAACUAUGGCAUGUUGGCCGUGCCUCUCAUCCAGGUAAAUAACUUAUACUUUGGUUUUAGCAUAUCUAGGAAGAAUAGCCAGCUUUGAUUUAGACAUUUCAUGAAAGAUUGAGUUUUUUUAAAGCUAAUUAUUGAAUGUGGCAAUGGAGAUAGUAAUGAUUAUUAGUUUUGCUAAAGGAGAGAUGAAUGGAAAAUUUGUUGCAGAGUUGAAACACUGACCACCAAUUUUUGCUUGAUGCUCUUUUCAGUUUAUCAACCUGGUGGUGCUGCACCUUUAUCAUCCACUGACAAGCCCAUAUCUAAGAGGUGGAGAAUAUUGAUGCCUGAUGCCACUCAUGGCAUGUACCCAAAACCACAUCGAUUGACUGUAGAUGAGAUUGCAGAAGUGGUGGAAGAUUACCGUCGUGCAGCCCUUAACGCUAUCGAGGCAGGUUUUGAUGGUAUUGAAAUCCAUGGAGCUCACGGCUACCUCAUUGACCAAUUCUUGAAAGACGGAAUCAAUGAUAGGACUGAUGUAUAUGGUGGAACCCUUGCAAAUCGGUGUAAAUUCAUAAUGCAGGUGGUUCAAGCUGUUGUUUCUGCGAUUGGUGCAGACCGUGUAGGUGUUAGAAUCUCGCCUGCCAUUGACCAUCUUGACGCCAUGGACUCUGAUCCCUUAAGCCUCGGCCUCGCUGUGAUCGAGAGACUUAACAAGCUUCAGAAGGACUUGGGAUCCAAGCUCACAUAUUUGCAUAUGACUCAACCAAGAUACACUGCUUACGGGCAGACAGAAGCAGGUAGACAUGGAAGCGAAGAGGAGGAAGCUCAGCUAGUGAGGACUUGUCGAAAAGCUUAUGAAGGAACUUUCAUUUCCAGUGGUGGAUUCACGAGAGAGCUUGGAAUUGAAGCUGUGGCUCAGGGUGACGCUGAUUUGGUUUCAUAUGGCCGCCUUUUCAUCUCGAAUCCGGAUUUACCUUUGCGCCUAAAGCUAAAUGCUCCUCUGACUAGGUACAAUCGAGCUACAUUUUACACCCAUGAUCCUGUUGUAGGUUUCACAGAUUAUCCUUUCCUGAGCAUGGAUACACCUUUCUCCCGCCUGUAAUUGUAAGAGUAAUCUGGCAUAGUGAUAAAUAGUUCUAUUAUUGUAUGUAAUCCUUUGAGGCUUUGACAGAGUUACAAAAGAAGCUCCUUUUAGUAAUAAACUUUUGUUAUGGAGCAUUUAUCAAAUUAUCCGAACUUGGAACAAAAUCCAAGUGAAAGUUACCUGGAUUUCAGAUUUCCAUUGACAACAGUUGCCAUGAACUGAGCAUAAUCCAAGUGAAAGUUACCCGGAUUUGCUGCAUUAUGCAGAGUGAGGGUUAAUAUUGAUCAUUAAUGUCAACGAUUUUUUGCCUUUUUUGCUUCGGCAGCAAAAUUCUCAGCUGAUGGCGUGUAUGAACUACCAAACACAGCUGUAAGAAAUGCAUACAGUGCAGUGGUUAAUGUUAACAGGAAUACAUGAAUAUUCAUGUUCAUUUCUCAGCCAUGAUCAUUUCCAAACUUCAUCACUUCCCCUGGUGUCCUACGAUUUGUCGAGAUACCUACAAUUUAUCGAAGAAAAAGAAAUGUCUGGGUAUCCUAAAGCUGGAUUAGGACGGUGACCCUGAAGUGUGUGCUUUCUAAAGCUUACUUAAUUUGGUGCUCCAUUUAUAAUUACUCUCAGAUUAAUCAUGAUGUUUUCCACAGGUAGUCCUCAAGUUAG